AGUAAUUUGAUAUGGGAUCUUUAGAUAUGAAAUCAAACCAAAAGGCCUUGGAACCAGAUAUUGAAAUCUCAAGCAAUGAGAGUGAACCAAUGGUGGAUUCUCCUACUACUUCGGAUAAAGAUGACCUACUAGAGUUAAUGUCAGAUCCUACGACUGCAAGUGAUAGUGAUGUUAACGAGCUCACGAUACAUUCUCCUAGUAUUGACUUCAAUGAAGACCACGCAUCGUGUUCUUCUUCCUCUAUGUCAUCAAGUGAUUUUAUAUUAGAAGAGCCCUUUCAAGACUCUGAGAGCCAACAUGGUGAAAAGACUAGUGUUGAAAUUCCUCCUAUCCAAGUGAUGGAACGUCCAACUAGCGAAAGAUAUAGAAUUCCAUCCUCUGUAUUUGCUAGAAAGGAAUCUAUUAAUACAGGUUGGGGCAUGCCUUCAAAUGAAUCUUUAUUUAGUAUUAAUAUGGGAGGCAUGAGUUUCCGUAACCAAGAUAGUUUGGUUUGGAGAUCUGGUGAUUUAGACUUGGGUUAUUCUAUAGAACCGUCUCCAUGUGGCACACCAAUAGAGGUAGGGACCAUUCCUGAAUUAGAUGAAACUGGUGAAACCAGCGAGUCAGAUGCAUCUGACAAAAAUCUUGAGGUGGAUGGAGGUAGUAGCUCUCAAGAGUUUAGUGAACAAGGUAGAAGUCACAAGUUGAGCGAGGAGGAUAAGAUUCAGAGUUUGAGUGAAAUAAGUAAGAACCAUGGACCAAGUAUUGCAAGCGAACCUGUGAGUCCAAUUAUACAAGAUGGUCAAGGAAAUGAAUCUGUUGUCGAAGAGCUUAACUCUCAUUUUGCUGCAGAAAGUGGUGAUAGAAGUUCUUUUGCGUUUCCAAUUUUAACCGCGAAUACAGAUAAAGGGACUUCAUCUAGGAUAACCAAUUCUCCAAAGGGAAUCCCACAAUCAGCAAAGUCAGAACCACAAUUAGAGACACGGUCCCAUUCAGAGCCAAAGCCUGAAGCAGACAAAGAGACCAAUCAAUCUGGGCCGCCCAAAGCAGACCCUCCGCCUGCAACUUGGACAAACUGCUUUGGAUGUUGUACAUCUUGUUCUUGAGUUUGAACAACAAUUGGUGAGUUCAUGUAUGUUCACUUACAAAUUCUCCGCCCUUUGUACCAUCCGGCCUUUUUGAUGGGAUUUGGACUGCAAAAGAAGGAAACAAAAUGAGAAGAUUAUGUGUAUACAAGUGACGAGGCAACGAUAACCGAGGAAUCAAUCUUAGUAGCGUCCUGAUACAGUAGGUUUUCAUUGUAGAUUAGUAGUUUUGUUUGGAGUCAAGCCUGCACAAAUGAUGCGUGGACUUGAUAUAGUUAGAUUUUUUGUAAGAUAUCAUUCGAAUA